AUGAUGAAGCAGAAAAGUGAGGCUUUCACAAAGUUCAAGCAGUGGAAGACAUUGGUGGAGAAUAAGACCGGUAAUAAGAUCAAGAAGCUGCGAACAGACAAUGGUCUGGAGUUCUGUAAUUCUGGCUUCAACGAAUUCUGCAAGGAUGAAGGGAUUGCCCGUCAUCGGACUGUGAGAGAUACACCCCAGCAGAAUGGCGUUGCAGAAAGGAUGAACCAGACAUUGUUGGAGAGAGCACGGUGCAUGCUCUCUAAUGCUGGACUAGAGAGAAGAUUCUGGGCAGAAGCAGUGAACAUGGCGUGCUUCCUAAUCAACCGUGGACCUCACACAGGUAUUGAGUUGAAGACUCCUUAUGAGGUGUGGUAUGGUAAGCCUGCUGAUUACUCUUCACUAAAAGUUUUUGGGUGUCCUGUUUAUUAUCAUGUGGAUGAGGGUAAACUGAACCCAAGGGCAAAGAAGGGUGUAUUUGUGGGUUACGGAGAUGGAGUUAAUGGAUUUCGAGUCUGGUCACCUUCUGAUCAUCGAGUUAUACUCAGUAGAAAUGUGAUAUUUGAUGAGAAGUCUAUGUUUAACCCCAUGUUGAAGGUUACUGUUGUUGAAGGUAGCAUGAGUGUUGAUAAACAGGUGGAGCUGCAAACUCUCAAAGAGAGUGAGUUUGAGCACCAAGGUGGAGAAGAUCAACAUGAUGAGGAUGUCUCUGCAGAGCCAGAAACUUCAGAGUCCAGUGCACGAGCUCAACAGACUAUUGCUUCCGGUAGACCGAAGAGAGCGACUGUAGGAGUACCUCCACAGAGGUAUGGUUUCGAGGACAUGGUGGCGUAUUUAUUUCAGGUUGCUGAAGAAGUGGAUGGGGAGAGCCACAGUCCUAUAGAGAAGCCGUUUCGGGUGGCGAAGCUGAUCAGUGGCUUGCCGCAAUGGGAGAUGAGAUGA